ACUCCGAUCACCAUCACUUCAACUCAUACAAAGAUGUCCAUAGGAGCAAGUACGCAAUCUCUGGCACGCUUGGAGCCUUAUCUUCUACUGGCAAAAUCAGCCAAGAAUGCUGCUGCUGCGAAAUUGAUCACAGAGGUUACCUCAGCACCUGGCUGUUAUGUAUUCUCUGAAUUAUUGGACUUUGAUGGCAUACAAGCAUUAGCCCAACAAGAAGAAUACGUCAAGAGUUACAGACUUUUGCAGCUGUUUGCGUAUGGCACAUUCAUUCAAUAUCGUAACGCAGCACCGGGUACAUAUCCAACGCUUAAUGAAGCACAAGAGGAAAAGUUGCGACAUCUGACAUUAAUCUCAUUGGGAUCCAAGAAUAGGAAUUUAUCGUACAGCUUGCUUCUUGAGCAGUUUGGCUUGCAAGGAUCAGCUAACUCUGCCGGACAGAGCACAAGCAUCCCUUUCUCAUCCGAUUUAGCUGUUCAAUUGCAACAAAUUCAUCCUCCCACGAUGCGUAAAUUGGAAGAUUUGAUCAUUGAUGCAAUCUAUGCAGGCAUCAUUUCUGCUCGUUUAGAUCAAUCACGUCAACGUGUAGAAGUGGAAAGUGUGAUGGGUAGAGAUGUUCAAGUAGAAGAAGUUGCGAAUCUUUCGGCUGCUCUGCAUGAUUGGCAAGAACAAACUUUGGGCAUUUUACAUUCGCUUUCUGAACGUAUUGCUGAAGCACGUCAACAUGACGAAGAUAAAGCAAAAGAUCGAUCCGAAUCUGAUGCAAAGAUUGAAAGUACGCUCUUGCACCUUGCCAAUAAUCCAAACAGUGCCACCUCACAUGGUUCUGCAUAUCCGGCUUCGAGGCUAUACGAUAGAAUGGGUAGCGAUCGAUUCAAUACUGAUGUAGAAAUGGAGGACGAUCCUGUGGCGUUACGGAAGAAAAAAUCGUCAGCCGCAGGACCGACACGAUCCAAACGAAGUAGAGCUUAGUGUAUCGAACUAGAUCCUCAAUGUAGUAUACCAACUUAGAAUUACGACCGAAUCUCAUACUAAGACAAAAACUGAC